AUGCCAUCCAAUGUAGAAAAAGUGGAAGAAAUUAAUGGUGAUGAGAUUGAGGUUACCGAAGAGACUAAAAAUGCCAGAAAGAAGGAAGCAGAGAUAGCCCAAAAGGUCAAUCACAUGCCUAGACCUCCACCUCUUUUUCCACAGAAGUUAGAAAAGAAGACUGAAGAAGGAAAUUACCGCAGGUUCAUAACUAUGUUGAAACAGCUUUCCAUCAAUGUCCCUUUAAUAGAAGCUUCGGAGCAAAUGUCUGGGUAUGCAAAGUUCAUGAAGGACUUGGUGACCAAAAAGAGGGCUGUCAGUUUUGAGAAUGAUGAGAAGUUGCAGCAUUGUAGUGCCAUUUCUACCAAGUCACUGUUGGGUAUAGGAGCUCCAAAACCAAUUGCGAUGCGUUUACUUAUGGCUGAUAGAACUGUGAAGAAGCCCAUUGGAGUGCUUCAAGAUGUCCUUGUGAAAGUGGGGCCAUUCAUUUCCCGGUUGCGCUUAUUUCCGAGAAAACUCAAAUCCAAAUGGACCAGGCCAUUUUUACUCACGAAGGUGCUGCCCAAUGGUGCGGUUGAGCUUAAGAAUAGUGAAGGAACAAGGUUCAUGGUAAAUGGACAAAGGAUUAAGAUCUAUCUGGGAAAUGUAGAGAGUGUGCAAGAGGUUGUUGAGGCCUACUAUCUUGAUAAACUCUGA